UGAAAAAUAAUUAACCGCUCCCAUUUUCUUCCAGGGACCCAUUAUGUAAAUGUAGAUUAAUUCCUUGCUCAUCAGGUUAACCUAAUUAACGUAACUGGUUAGGAGAAGGGUUAGGUUUAGCAAGAAAAUAUAUAUACUUUUGACAAUUUCACAAAAUCUGUAUCCCGUCAAGACAUGACCAGUAUGGCGUUCUAAACGCAAACUGGCGAAACGAAAGACAGCCGUGGACCAUUGCGCAUUAGCGAUUAGAAUGCAAUACACUUAAUAUUCUAAAUAAAAAGUACGUUUCCCUAACUGUGAUGCGUAUGACUUUUUACAUUAAAGACCGGUGGAUAUUUGCCAUGAAAUCGAAUUAUGUUUUCGAGUUUCUGAUUAAAUUUGGUUUGGGUCCUAAGUGUAUCUGGCAUAAACUUGGACACCUCUUGGUAGCGUCCAUGCCGUUGCCUACGUCACCAGUUUUUUACCGAAUGCGAUGGAACAGCGUGGAAUUAACAUUUCCAAAUCGUUGUAGCGGUGGCUGAAAUUAACAAACAACAGAUGAAGAUGUGGCAUCCCUUGCAAUCACUUGCUCUGUGUGUGCUACUUGCUCUCUUUGUAAACCACUGCCAAGGAGUCAGGCAGGGCCAGGAUCUCAAAUGUGGAGCGUGUAGGGCCAUGGUGGAUGAGAUGGAGUGGGCAAUAUCUCAGGUGGAUCCUAACAAAAUGAUCCAGACCGGGUCCUUUAGAAUCAACCCAGAUGGUAGCCAGUCUAUUAGAGAGGUUCCUCUCGCCCGCUCUGAGGGUAACCUCCUGGAGCUAAUGGAGGAGGUAUGUGAGAGGAUGAAGGAUUACGGGGAACGCUUGGAACCUACCACCAGCAGGGAGACCUAUGAGAGGGUCACGUCUCGGAACGGCAAACCCAUGGACCUCUCAGAGGCCAAACUGGAUUCCAGAGUCACAUCCAGCCUGAAAUUUGCUUGUGAGACCAUCGUUGAACAAUAUGAAGACGAGAUCAUCGAAUUCUUUGCCCAUGAAACAGACAACGUGAAAGACAAACUCUGCAGCAAGAGAACAGACCUUUGCGACCAUGCUCUGCAAAUCCCUCAUGAUGAGCUAUGAUUCCAUCCUACAGUUCACACAGCUCAGCUUUAUACACAACUACCUUCCACUGCAUUAGUGGGGCUGCAGACUAUUCAGAGCAGCUCCAGCACCAGGUGCUUACUGUCUGUAAUACAGGAAUGGGGGGAGUUGAAGAUUGUAGAACUCGACACUAGCUCGUUCUGCUCUAUCAAUCACAAGAUGCAAGGUAUAACUUAUUGGGAAACUACUGUUAAGAAAACUCAUGACAUCAACUAUAUUCUCACAUUUGUGCUAUUGUGCCUCAACCUAUAUUGUCCUUAUUCAGGUGUGUAUGAUGUGGGUAGAACACUCUUGUAAUGUGUAUUACUGCAAUGAAUUCAAAUCAAGUGUAUUGGUUGCAUACACAUAUUUAGAAGAUGUAAUUGCAGGUGCUAUUUAUAACAGACUGUUGUAGCAAUGGGGGGGGAAAUGGUAUCACUCUGGAUGAUUUCAGGAGUUUAAAUGUUCAAGCUUACUCUUGAGGCAGAUGGUGAAUCAAAUUCUGUAACAAUAGUUAGAUAGUAAAAUUGUUCAACAUGGUUGCUGUGCUUGUUGCUUUGAUUAAUUGUAUCCUGUGAAUGAUGGAAAGGUUUGAUUUAUACUUUCUCCAGCAACUCCCAUUCCUCUUCUAUUUUGUGUAUUCAUCUUUUGUCAUGGUCAUCUGUUUUUCAUACUUUGUAGAAAUAUAUUUCCAUCAAUCUGGA